AUGGAGAGACAGAGUUUGCUGAAGAGGAGUGCCGAGGAAGGUGGUAGGCUUCCAUCUGUCACUCUUCUCAUGGCAGUGUUUUCUGCAGGGAUCGGAGGAACUUUUCAGUACGGAUACAAUGUUUCCAUUAUCAACGCUCCUACCAUGCAUAUACAAAAAUUCAUCAAUGAGACAUGGAAGGUCCGAUACAAUGACAAUCUGGACAGAGAUUUGCUACGACUUCUGUGGUCUGCAAUCGUUUCCACGUUCACUUUAGGUGGGUUUCUGGGGGCAUGGCUUGGAGGACACCUGGCGAUUAGAUUUGGUCGGAAAGGGACACUUUUACUCACCAACAUCCCUAUUUUGGCUGGAUCCAUUUUCAUGGGAACAAGUAGACCCGCUGGAAUGUUUGAACUUUUAUUUGUCGGCAGGUUUCUUGUGGGACUACAUUCUGGAGUCUGUCUGUGUGUGCAGCCCAUGUACUUAGGAGAGAUUGCACCCAAGGCUGUGAGAGGGGCAGCAUCAAUGGGAACAUCAGUGUUUAUAACUGCUGGAAUUCUAAUUGGACAGAUAAUGGGGCAGAGGGAGCUGCUUGGGGGAGAGAGAUACUGGUCAGUCCUCCUCUCCUCUAGCUGUAUUCCUGCCGUACUUCAGUUAUUACUGUUACCAUGGUUCCCUGAGAGUCCUAGGUACCUUUUCAUUGAUAAAGGAGAGGAAAUGAAAGCUACCUGUGCUCUCAAGAAAUUCCAUGAUGCUAAUUCGUACUUGAGUGAAUUGGUGGGUUUGGAGAAGGAAAGUGCAGUACUACAUGCGCAGCAAUCAAAGCGACCAUGUGAACUUCUCUUAGAUCGCUCAACUCGAUGGCAGCUGAUCACCGUCGUCCUAAUGCACAUGGCUCUACAACUGAGUGGGAUCAAUGCUAUCUACUUCUAUGCCACCGAUGUCUUUACUGAAGCUGGAAUUGCAGAAGCUUAUAUCCCAUAUGUUACAAUGGGCACUGGGGUGUGUGAAUGUUUCUCAGCCCUAUGCUGUAGUCUUCUGAUUGAACGCCUCGGAAGGCGAAUGCUUAUCGUCGGUGGAUAUUCACUCAUGGCUUUGUGCUGUGCUGCAGUGACUAUCACACUGACCUAUCAGGCUUCCUAUUUCUGGAUGCCCUACAUGACAAUGACCUGUUUGUUUGCAUUUAUCCUAAGCUUCGGCCUUGGACCAGGGGGUGUGACCAACACAGUGACAGGGGAGCUGUUCACACAGUCCACACGUCCUGCAGCGUUCAUGAUCAGUAGCUCUGUGAACUGGAUCAGCUUCUUCCUCAUCAGUAUCAUGUUCCCUGUUAUUGUGGAGGGGCUGCAGCAGUUUUGCUUCCUCAUCUUCCUGGCUGAGUGCCUCCUGGCGACACUGUUCAUAUACAUCAUCUUACCCGAAACUAAAAACAUGUCCUUCCUGGAAAUUGAGAUGGAAUUUCGAGCCCGGAAUUUCAAGAACAAAGGAGGAGACAUUCCCAGCAGAGCCAUGGUGCUGUCACAUUUCCCAGAAAGUUAAUUGGCAUCCAAGAAACCAACGCAACUGUGCCAGUCUGUUGCACUGUGAUGGAGACCGUGAAAUUACAGCAUUGUCCUGGUGAAAUCAUUCAGCUUGACUGCAGAAGAGGGAGAAUUGACAAUAUCUCAUUUUAAGAGUGUUUAACCCAUGUUACCCCAUGCUGGGGACCUGGGCUGAGCAGUUUCAUGGACCAGGUUUUGAUUUGAAUUGUUAAUGCUUCCACAUUCAGCACAGAUAUUCAGCACUUCGUCUGAUACCGAUUAUUAGAUGAUCUGAAACUGAAGCAGUCAUGAGUUGGGAAAAAUGAUAUCUAAAUGUUAAUAAACUUUAUAUAACUUGC